AUGAACGAAGAGGACGGCGACCUCGCUCUGGACGUGUCUCUUCGCGCGUUCGCCUCUUUCCCUCCUGCGCUUCAACUCGCUGGACUCACUGCUCAAAUUCUAGGCGGUGCUGCCUUGCGAUUCUGCUUGCGCGCUUGUCUGCAUUCACUCGAAUUGCCUCACGCUCUCUCUGCCAAGAUGGCAACUUCGGGUGCAAACGCUGCCCUGCAGGACCGCACGAACGCGCGACAGCAGUUGAUGCGCAGAAGAGCCCUACUCAUCAAGAAACUGCAGGAUCAAGCUGUUACCGAACUCGAUGGACAGCCUCGACCGACGUCGCCCCAGGGCGAGGAGGACCUGCCGCCGCCGCAAUGGGUCCGAGACCACGGCGAACCCUUGAACAGCGAGCACUACCAUCGCGUCAGACGCCUGCGAUGGCGAGGACGAAGCGUGAUCGUCAAGUACGGACCGUUUGUGGAAGAACGCGAGGCUGCGGUGAUGCGGUUGGUGAGAGACCGCACAUCCAUCCCAGUCCCAAAGGCGAGCCUCGGGCUUCUGGCGUGUCGUUACGGUGAAUGCUGCUCACCCGUCUCUCUGCAGGUCUAUGCGGUCGCAGCGGACGGCGCAGACGUCUUCAUCUACAGGGAAGACAUCGAUGGCCGCCAACUUCAGUUCUUCGACCCAGAAUUGUCCUGCGAGUCCUCCGCAACGAUCGCCGCCGACAUGAAGCGCAUUGUCAGCGAGUUACACUCUAUCCGAUGUCCGAAUCUCGCGCCUGUCGGAGACUUCGGCAACGAGCGUUGCGAAGACUUCAAGCGCGCCAUCCUCGGCUGUUCCUGGGACAGCAAGACGUCCGUAUUCACAAGGUUACCGACCUUUACGACGACACGCGACUUUCUUCGCUGGCUCAGUGCAGAGUUGCCGCCGCGAUUCACGCGGGCCUCGCAUGCUCAAAGUCUCGCCCAUGUCGAGUCCCUCGACGCUGGAGCGCCGGUCGUCCUCACGCACGGCGAUCUUCACUCCGGCAACAUGCUCCUUUGCGACGGACACGUCGUCGGCAUCGUCGACUGGGAGACGGCCGGCUGGUAUCCUGAGUGGCUCGACACCGAGAUUCUGGCGUACUAUCGCGACACCGACGACCCGAAUGCACUCUCCUUCGUAGCGCAGGCGUUAGGCUGCGUCACGGACAACGAUCGCGGGACGUCACGGUACCUCUGGCUUGAAGCGGCCAAGAAUCCUGUGCCCAAGGAGUCUCGAUGGGAACAGAAAUGGUCUGAGGCGGGUGACUAG